GGAGAAGCGCGUCGGCCAUUUUCCUCGGAAGGGGGCCUCGGCUUCAACACGUGAGAGAGAGGAGCCUGAAGAGACUGAAACAGUCCAGGAUCUCUGACUCCGAGUGGAUAUCAUUCAUGUGUGAGCCGGCAGAGGCGUAGGAAGCCAGCACAAUGCCCACAAUCACUCUUCCGCCGAAGGAGAAUGCUCUCUUCAAGAGGAUAUUGGUAGGCUCAAUGCGAUAACGUUAGCGUGCGGCUAAUGCUAGUGACAAAGUAGCCGUCAGUUUUAGCAGUCAGAGCAAUUUCACCAAAUUGGUAAUUACAUUUAACAACAGAUGCAAUAAGCACAACAAGAAAAUGUAACUAAGAAGGUGGUAUACCUGAAAUUAGCUGAUGAGUUUGACUUGGCCUUGUAACACAUCUAAAGUAUAUCAAUGACAAAGCUGCAGGACACAUGACAGCCACACACAACUUAGUGAACUACAGUUUAUAAAGUUACCCUGCUGCUCUGCCGGUAAAAUACAUCACUAUUCACCCUGAAUAUGCAGUAUAAACAGAUGUGUGGAGUUUGGGUCAUUCGGGACAGCACGUACAGACACAUGCCGGUUAGACUCAGUUUUAAUGGACCUCUGCUUCAAUAUAACAAGACAGUCACCGUGGAAACAACGUUAUUUCAAGAUACUGUCAACUUUAACUAUGAAACAUACUGAAAUAAAACAUUUAGCCUAAGUUGGAAACAAGGUAGCAGGGGGGAAUUACGAAAUAACAAAGACUUUAUCAAAUGCUCAGUGUGAAAUCACAGACUAUUUUGGUCCAUUGGUCGAGGCUGGAAGGUGGCUUGGUUUCAUUUACUCACAUGAUCAAGUAGUUUUUUUUUUUUUGGUAUACUUUUACUUUGUUUUAAACCACUUUUCUUUCCUUUCCUUAUUUGUUUUUGAGGGAAGUGUUUUACUUUUUUCAUAGCAUCGUUUAAUGUCCUAAUGUACUUGUUGUUUCAAAGUUCUUAAAGCAGAAAGCUUCAACUAGUUUCUCUAAAUUUCAUUGUGUCACAAGAUUCAGUCCAAAAACAUUUUGCCUGCUGCAUUGCCCGGCAGUUUUGAUCAUUACAGUUCAUAAAGCCAUUAUUUCUGGUUAGUAAUAAAGAUCUUCUCUGCACAGCCAGCCAUGUCUAGGGAUGCUGAUGUUGCUAAAGUGUUGAAGAGCUUCACCCCAGUUAGCGGUCAAAAUCACAUGUUGAUGCUGUUGGUUAUUUCACAAGGUAGCUAGGGGAAAUGUACUUGGGGGGCAUAUUGUGUUACAAGCAAGCAUUGAGUGCUUGAGGUACAUUCCACAUAAAGUAGUCAUUGCUUCGACUUAAGUAGAUUAACAGAGCAGUAGUUGUACCUUUACUGAAGCUGAAUAUUUAAGUACUAUUCCUCCCCUGACAUGAGCAGUUGAAGCCAUUUUGAAGUUGUCUAAACAAGAUUUGAACCAGACUGACUGACACAGCCAGACAACUUUAUUUAGGUGUUAGACAUACACCUGAACACUGCCAUUAAGUGACAGUUAAUAGCUCUCGGCUUUAUGCAAACAUGACCACUGCAUUAAGGGUUUGCGUAUAAUUAAAUGGCACUAAUGUUACUGUAUGCCCAUGUGAAAUAAUCAAAAUAAAAAAGUACUGUAAAAGAAUUGUAGUAGGGCUUCCGUAUAUGAAUGUAAAUGAUUAUUUAUAUCUAUUUUGAAAUCAAAAUUUAGGUUUGAUUGUCAUACUCCUGUAAUUCCUGUUCUAAAAGCCUGAUGCUAUAUUUUAUUGAAUUAUAAUAAUAUUGUUACUCUUAGCUACAUUUUUGACUACUUUCUCAACUACAGGUAAAACAAAGGAUAAUCCCUGAUCCUAGAGGUGUCUGUCUUCUGUCAGUCUGGGAGUUGUGUUAAUAUAUUGUAGUGUAUGUUGCUCAGAUCUCCAGCAGGGGGUGCUCUGAGCUCCUAGUAUGAACUCAGAGUCUGGGUCAGUGAUCUGGUCUCUUGUCUGAUUAUAUCUUUUACCUUUAUUCCAGUAAUCUCUGUUUACGUUUCACACUGCCGAACAGAAGGUGGUUUUGGGUUCAUGUGCAUCUUUUCUUGCUCUCAGCAGAAAGGUCGGCUUCUUUCAGGAAGCUGGGAAUAGAGAAUUUCCCAGUUUGGAAUCAAUAAAGUAUAUCUAUCUAUCUAUGAACAAACAGCUUUUGAAGUGAUGUGCUUUUACAUACAUGUAUGUGCAGCACAGAGUGGGGAGCUAUUGGCCCACAAAUGUCUGAUGUGGAGUCUGUUCUGUCUUUUUUGCAGAGAUGUUACGAGCACAAGCAGUACAGAAAUGGUCUGAAGUUCUGCAAACAGAUCCUGGGCAACCCAAAGUUUGCUGAGCAUGGAGGUACGACACACAAUCUCUCACAGGGAAGAAGCUAGAAACAGUAAGCUGAUCUCAAUGUCAGCUUUUUCCUCCUACGUUUGAGCUGAGGGCAAAAAUAUUAUCACUUUGACCUUUAAUAUCUUUAAUAUUUGUCCUACUAUCAAAUGCAGAAUUGCUGCUGGCCAACAGGAUUGAAGGUUAAACAUUGGAAAAUAGUUCAUUAAUGUUUUCUUUUCAAAACUAUGAGGAAUUUUAUCUGCAGUCGUCCCCAGUUCUGACUUGAUCAUCCUCUCCUUGUUCUUUUCUUGCUGCCUCCUGCUCUUCAUUUUUUCUUAAAGUCUCUCAAAAACACAGCUUCCUAUUUUGUAAAGUUCUGUUUGGACGUCAGGUGAACAGUGUGAGGAGGAGCCUUAUUGUCAAUGGUGAACACAGAAAAAAAUAUUCAAACCAAGAGCUCAGUGGAAGACAACAUUGACCACACCCAGGCACACACAACUAUUAAAAAUGCACAAGAAGGUGCACCCUUGAAUUGAAAUGUAGUGUCCAUGUGAGGAAACACUGAGCAGGUCGCUCACUUUUAAGUGGACUACUGUCCUCCUCAGAUCUAACUGAGGUAAGGAAUCCAGACAUUUGACAAGUGUAUGUGUUCAGAGUGGAAAUGAGGGAGAUAUAAACUCCUUGGGCAACCAACCUGGUGACUGAAUCAGUUUAAAGAGAGAAAAUAUUCUGACUAAAACUAGACCAAAACUAAAAGUGCAAAAAGAACCCUCUUAAAUGUAACUAAAAACAAAAGCAUUUUCAGUAUAGACCUAAAACAUCUGUCAAAAUGAACACUCAUCUGGUACUGGGUUGGAAACCAAAGUGUCCCUGAAUGUCUCACGCCUCUCCUGUCUUCUGUUUGUGCUGCAGAGACGUUGGCCAUGAAGGGUUUGACCCUCAACUGUCUGGGCAAGAAGGAGGAGGCCUACGAGUUGGUUAGACGAGGCCUUCGCAACGACCUCAAGAGCCACGUCUGUAUCCUUCAAUCAGAGUUAAUUCCACACACAACGGUUUGACCUUCAAACUCAGUUGAACUCCAAAGCUGCUGAACCCAUCCUGUAACUCCUUGAAGACUUGCUCUUAAGUCUUCUCUGCUUUGACUCUCCUUGUUCAGAGGAACAUCUUUCUCAGUAAGGUCCUCUAUAAUUCAAGGGAAAAUAAACAUUCAUUCAGUCAGAAAACUUGCUUCUGACUGGCCUAUUUUGCUGUUCAUUUUGCCUGUGUGGGUGCAUCUAUAUACAUUUUGAGUUGUUCUCUGUGGCACUGCCCACAGCAACAGCAGCACUGUAUGUUUGAGUGGUCUUAGGCUAAGUCAGAAGAGCUGCUGUGUGACUUUAAAAACGUGCUCUGAGAUCUUUGAAGUAAAUAUCAGAGCUUAUCUGCACCCAGUUUGACUCUGGUAUUAGGAUAGCUUACGGUGACACAUGACACAACAGUUUUUAGAAUUGGAAUAAAGACAAACUCUUGUGUAGAUGAGACCUCAGCUGAUCCGACUGCAUAAGAGUCUGUUUGAUUUCAGUGUUUGUAGAAAUUGAACACACAGGGAACUGACUGCUAUCUACAGAGACCCCGUGUGUCUCCUACCUGUAAAAUGUGAACAUGCAGGCCACACCGCUGCAGCACAGAUGCUGCCCCCUGGCAGCCUGUCAAUGUCAUGAAGUUUUCCUCAACUAACUCACUCUCUCAGGCUGGCAUGUUUACGGCCUCCUGCAGCGCUCAGACAAAAAGUACGACGAGGCAAUCAAGUGUUACCGCAACGCCCUGAAGUGGGACAAGGACAACCUGCAGAUCCUGAGAGACCUGUCCCUGCUGCAGAUCCAGAUGAGAGACCUGGAGGGAUACAGGGUGAGGGCUUCCGGGGAGAUGAGAUUAAAUCAAAUAUAGCAGUGAAUGAAGGAGGCUGAAGGUAGUAAAGGCUUGGAUUGUAACCUGAGGGGCUUACACAGCAUGGAAACAUGAUGGUGAAGAUACAAACAGGUGUCUUAAGAGCUGGGGAACAUUCAUAGACAAAGAGUGAAAUCUUACUGAUCUUGACAUCAGGCAUUACGUCAGAGUUUGAUUAUUUGUGUCACAGCUGUGAAACAAUGCCACGAAGCCCCCGGCUCUUAUUGGGAUAUUAAAAUUGUAUAUCAUCUUACAUUUGUGUGGUGGUGGUUUUCUCCUCAUCCAGGAGACCCGGUACCAGCUGCUGCAGCUGCGUCCAGCCCAACGAGCCUCAUGGAUUGGGUACGCUGUUGCUUAUCACCUGCUGGAGGACUUUGAAAUGGCGGCCAGGAUAGUGGAGGAGUUUCGUAAAACACAACAAGUAGGUACAAACGAAGGAACGCUCCAUACAGCAUCUGCAUGAUCAGGAUUCAGGUUUCUGAUUAGGUCUUUUGUUUGCACAGGCACCAUUUGUUUUUAUUUAUGUAUUUAAGCAGACAAAGAUGCUAUAUCAGAUGUAAUUAGUCGGACUGUUGGCACUAAUGUUCUCGAUGGUUGCUUUUCUGAAAUCAUGGAUUGAACCUGACAGACUGGUCCUCAUUUGAUUUGAUAGUCUUGUUUAUCUACUAGGCCAGGUGGCUGUCAGCUGUCACAAUCUGGGAUAUAGUGUAUAUGUGUCACAGUAUCCUGUUGUCUUUUCCAGGUAGCACCAGGUUUUAAGCUUCUGAUAUGAGAAAUGAGAUUCAUGAAAACCCGAUCAUAACUGUGAUAUCUAAGUCCAUGGAAACACACUCACUGAUUCUUUCCUCUCGUGUGUGUGUGUGUGUGUGUGUGUGUGCAGACAUCUCCAGACAAGGUGGAUUAUGAGUACAGUGAACUGCUGCUGUAUCAGAACCAGGUCCUGAGGGAGGCCGGCCUGUACAAGGAGGCCCUUGAUCACCUCAAUGAGUACGAGAAACAGAUCUGUGACAAACUGGCUGUGGAGGAAACAAGAGGUGGGUGCAUGAUGUGACACGACAAAUGACAUGACGUGAAGUUCAAACAUUAGGAGCUCCUCAGAUAUGUUCGACAUUAACCAAACUUUAAAAUACGUGUCAUAUCAGUGUUUCUCAAAGAUGGUUUCUGUCAUAAUAGUUCUUAUCUGUCAUGCUGAUUCAUGUCCCGGUAUAAGGCUGUGAUAAACUGCUCUGUUGGAGGAGACAAAUGAGGCUCCUGCUGCGCUGGAUUAUCAGAAUAUAGAGCUAAUACUGUGUGUGUGUGUGUGUGUGUGUGUGUGUGUGUGUGUGUGUGUGUGUGUGUGUGUGUGUGUGUGUGUGUGUGUGUGUGUGUGUGUGUGUGCGUUUGUGUUUGUGUGUGUGUGCGCACAGGAGAGCUGCUGCUAAAGCUGGAGAGACCUGGGGAGGCCUGUGAGGUCUACACCAGACUCCAGGAGAGGAACCCAGAGAACUGGGCCUAUUAUCAAGGCUUGGAAAAGGCUUUAAAGCCAGGUGAGCACUGCUGUUGGACCCACACUUGUGUGCUGCCGCAGUUCAUAAUUAAGACUUUUCUCCUAAUUUUGGUACUGCUUUGAUUGAAUUUGAAGGUCUCAUUUGUGCGUGAACUUUGCAGGCUCUGAGAUGAUGCAACAAGAGAAAAAUCCAGACUCUUUGGUUUCUAACACCCGGUUACAGCUCUGCUCAUAAUGUAUGUUUGUGUGUGUUGUCCAGGAAGUAUAGAGGAGCGUCAGAAGAUUUAUGAGGAAACCUGGUUAAAGUUCCCUAAAGGCCUGGUUCCCCGAAGACUGCCUCUUAAUUUCCUCACAGGUAAACACAGUACAGCCUGCAGCACAGCUAAAUACCCCAAACAAACAAAAACCUCCAUCAGCAGACAGAGUCACUGUCUGAACCUCCUAAUAAUACAAGAAACAAUGAAAACCUCAACAAAACUCACAAAAGUCCUAUAAACUUUGUAGUUUGUAGCUAUAUGAGCGAUAUGAAAUACGAAGGGAGAAACAUCGAAAUCAAUCAAAAAUCUGUGAAGACGGUGUGUUUCUUUAUCUUUCCAAAAAACCUGCAGAGUUCAGAAAAGCGCUACAGUGUUCAGAACUUUUUUAUUUUUCCAAACUAAAACGUUCAGAAUGUUCUGUGUUUAAUGAAGCAGAAUUGUUCACACACAAACUUUGAAGGUUUCUAUCUUUGUGUUAAUUUUUGAGUGAAGAACUCCUACUCUAAUUCUGUGUCACUCUAUGCUGGAUGUCAGUACAAACCUCACUUUGCUGUAUCUUUACUGUGUGUUGUGUCGGCCAGGAGAGAAGUUUCGUGAAUGUCUGGACAGCUACCUGAGGAUGAACUUCAGUAAAGGCUGCCCACCCGUCUUCACCACCCUGAAAUCCCUCUAUACUGACAAAGAAAAGGUAAAGUAGACUCUCAUUCAAGGUCUGAGCUCCUGGUGUCAUCGCUUCUCACGCUGACCAAGACUUCUGGAUUGAACACAAAUUAAACCUCUGAGUCUUCAUAUCAGUUUGAUAACUUUGGAGGGAUGUCCAGCCCUGCAUGGACUAGAUGAGAUGUCCGUAGCUCUCAUUGUUUUACUCGUCUUUGGUUGAACUAUUUAUCAAAUAUCCACAAAUACAUACAGCGAGUGCGCAGUUUCACAUUGAGCUAAAUUUGUCACUGACCUGGAGGAGAGAUUAGAGGUUGUCAUUGAAGAUUCUUCCACACAUUGCAGCUUCUCUGACCUGAACCCAACCAACUCUCCUGAGCUCGUGUGUUUUCACCCUUUGAACUGCGAUUCCCUGGAGAAUAAGCUGCUGUAAAAUGGUUGUUGUUUCUGGAAUCUGACAAGCUGUUAGGCAAACCCAGAACUCUACUACAUUACAUCAAUUCAUGUUACAUCGUGAAUUGAGUGACAGCAGAUGUAAGUAAUCGAGCAAGAUGCUAGCUCAAAUUGCUGAGCUGCGACCCAUUAAAAAGUUCCCAGAUCAGCUCCAGUCUUAUCUUUGAUAUCAGGACUGAGACAUGCUGAGUUAAAGUGUUGGAGAACAGAUUGUGCCCGGCGCUUGAAUCAUCAGAUUUUGGUCCUUACAGUGAGUUAGUUUUAUAAAAAAGAAACAUACUGUUUUCUUUUUGCAGAUACCAAAUCUACUGAUAUGCCAAAGUUCCUGGGUGAACAGAUUCUCAGUUUUAUGCCAAAUCUGUAUAAGACGAUCAUUGUGGAGCAAUCUGAGCUUCAGUGACUUCCCCGCUCUCAUUUAAAUAUGUCGAAUAUCACCUCAGGCUGCAUUUGAGGAAUCUCAGAUCCAGACGUUUUUUUGAGACAGCUCCAGUUUCCAUAUUGAAAUACUUUUUCAGAAAUUCAGCUUGACUUGAGCUUGUUUUCUCCACACACAGGUCACAAUUAUUGAAGAGCUAGUGGUGGGCUUUGAAAGGUGUCUAAAAAGCUGUCGGAUGUUUAGUGAAAACGGUCAGUACUGUGUGAUCCAUAAAUGGCUUUCUUGUCUUUGCUCUGAGUUUAUUUGUGCUGUUUGGAUUCAUUUCUGAUGUUGAGAUGUUUCUGGAGCUGACUGUUGUAUAAUGUGUGCACAGAUGAUGGGAAGGAGGAGCCUCCUACCACCUUGUUGUGGGUACAGUACUUCCUGGCCCAGCACUUUGACUUCAUAGACCAGCCCAGCCUUGCGCUGGAGUACAUCAACACGGCCAUCGACAGCACGCCCACACUCAUCGAGCUCUUCCUCAUCAAGGCCAAGAUCUACAAGGUCAGUAUCAUCUCCACGGAGACCUCAUCAACAGGAAGUUUGAUGCUUUAAUGAAGUUUGUCAUAGAAAGGGAUACUCCACCAGUUUUUUCUUCUACAGGACAGACGACCCUCAUUUGCUGAAUUUGAACAUUAAACAGACACUAAUGAGAAUCUCACUUAGUCUAAGAGUGUCCAGGACCUCCUUAAAAAUGUUCAAUUGAACUGUUUUUUUUAAAAAUGUAUUUAUGAAAAAGUAAAAAAAAAAAAAAACUUAAUCUGUAGCAUGCAGCUAGAAGUUUUUUUUUUCUUCUUUUAACAUGAAACAAACAGUAAUUUGUUCCUCUAUUGUUUCAACCUGUGAACUGACCGAUCAACCAAAAGUCACAUUUGUUUCUCAUCAGUUUAACAUCUAACAAGUCCCCCUUUUCUUCCCUUUCCUCCUGCAGCAUGCAGGCAACAUAAAGGAAGCAGCACGGUGGAUGGAUGAGGCUCAGGCCCUGGACACCGCCGACCGCUUCAUCAACUCAAAGUGUGCCAAGUACAUGCUGAAGGCUAGCCUCGUCAAAGAAGCAGAGGAGAUGUGUUCCAAGUUUACACGAGUGAGAAACAGAAGCCCCUUCUUACGUUUUGAGAUGAUUUCAAACAUCUAGUCUCUAAAUCUUAGCUGAUUUGAUUUUCUCACAUGCACCUCACUGGACAUUAAUUGGACAGGGGGGCCAAGGUUGCACAUGCAGAAGGAGAUGUGUUCAAUAAUGAUGCUUGUUUCUAUGUAUAUAUAACUAAUAUGUUUAAUCAUGAUACAAACGUGAUAGUAGAAAAGAAAACAGACAACUAACGUGAGCAACAAAGAGCAAACACAAAGAGACUCCUCUAGAUGUUCAGAGUCAUGAGCAUUCACACUGACUCACCUGGAAUGCUGCAGGUCAUAACAUGCUGGAUCAGCACAUCAACUCACACUCAGUACGUUUAUAUGCAGUUUAAAAAAAAUGAUUGACAGAUGAAGAAAAGACAUAAAAAAAGACAAACAGCACAGACCUGUUAAAAUGAUAAAAGUGUUUUUAUCAUCCAGCUUUCAUCCCGUCAGUAUAUCGAUCAGGAGACGACCACAUAGAAAGAGGCUGACAAUAUCAUCUCAGUGAACUGAUCACAAGUGGACAGGUUUAAGCACAGCUGUACAUGUGGUGUGUUGAAGUGUGUGUUUGUGUUUUCAGGAGGGGACGUCUGCGGUGGAGAACCUGAAUGAGAUGCAGUGCAUGUGGUUCCAGACGGAGUGUGCCUUGGCCUACAAAGCCAUGAAUAAACUGGGAGAAGCUCUGAAGAAGUGCCAUGAGAUCGAGAGGGUGAGCUUCUCCUCUAAUCUGCUCCAGCUGUCACCAGUUCCUUCCCCCUCCCCUUAACCUCGCCGGUGUCCAUUUCCACCUUCAGUCUUUUCAAACGUAUGGUUCAGAGAUGAAAUCCACAUGUGAUUCAAGCUUCAUGUGUUUCUGUGUGGCCUCACAAUCAGCUGAAACUGACGCGGUAACGGAUCACACUUGGUCGGGUCUGUUCUGACUGCCCUGUACUGUUUGGACCAUGUGUGAUCUGUGAAUGUGUGCAGUAACAAGUAGUGAGCUUUGAGAGUGUUUACAGCGACAGAGUACUGGAAACACUCAGUCAUAAGGUAAACUUCUGUUGUCCCUUCUUCAAGUUUAAAGUCAGCUGAUAACAAUAACAUGAAGCGUCUCUCUGCACGCUCUGUGCAUGACUCGACCCUCUUUGAUAUGAGCUCGGUGGUUAAGUAUCUGGAUAAAACGAUUUUACCUCCUUGAAGGUGUGUUUUAAACGAUGACUCACUCAUCCUCAGAUAAUCUCUUUUUACACUCUCUAUGAUCCGGGUUAAAUAAAGGCAGUUAAUAGUAGGGUUGGGUAUCGAGAAUCGAGAAUCGAUGGGAAUCGGGACUAAAACUUCGAUUCUUCCGGUAUCGUUCAAAUAUUAAAAUUUCGAUUCCAAGUUUCGAUGCCAGAGUCUGCCGACCGGAAGAAAUAGCCGCCGAAAAUCAACGAAGAAGAAGCCGCUUAACACUAACGAGGACGGAGCGUAUGAGACGAAGCCACACAGAAAGUGAAUAGAGACAGAGAGAGAAAGUACAUUGUAACCCACAGCAAUGCAGCCGCUGUGGGUUACAAUGUAAUCUCUCUCUGUCUCUCUCCUCUCUCUGUGUGACUUCGUCUCAUACGCUCCGUCCUAGUUGGUGUUCGGCAGCUUCUUCUUCGUUGGUCAAAAGUUUGGCUAACUUUAGCAGGAAGAAUGAGCUCUUAUCUCAAUGCAACAUUAGCAAUACAGUUAUAUCAUGCAAAGGAGGGUAAACGACCAACGUGAUUAAACACCUCAGGAUUCAUGGAGGAGAAAUACCCGAGUGCUCGUCUUUGAUGCGCUUCGCCAGUGUUAUGCCAGAGAAUGCACCCCUGCCGUAGAAUGUCCCCCUGACGGGAGCGCGGUUGAAAGUACACAACAAGGCGAAACAAUCCAAGUUUUCCUUACCGUUGAACGGAAUCUAAAGCGUGUGCCUUUAAUGAUUUCCUUCAGGCUAUUCAGAUAUGCCGAAAACAACGGCCCUCUGAUUCAGAAUAUUUACUGUCCGGAAAAUAUAAUGUUCUGUACCUUAACAGCUAACUGUACAGUUUAUAUACCCAAGUACACCUCUAUAUGUGCAUUUUUGAGACACAUAAAAACAAAACGAAAGUUUACUGCUCCAUUUGACAUGUUUUCAUGAUCUAAUACUCGUGUUUUUUUAAAUAUGAGAUCAUUGUCUUCCACUUUAAGAAGCUAAUCAGUGGAGGGGAGGCAUUCUACGGCAGGGGUGCAUUCUACAGCACAACACCUGUCUUCCGCUAACCAGUCAGGAUCAGAUAAGUGAAACAAUAAAUUACUUCUGUCCUCUGCUAACUUUGAAGCAGUCAACUUGCACUGAGUACGGUGGGUCAACUUAAAUAUCCAACUAACGUUAGCCCUUGUGCUUUUUCAUAGACAAACGACCUGACAACAAAAAAUGAUAUUUAUAUACUGAUUGAAAAUAGCCCUGUGAGAAAUUCAUAGUAAAGUUCCUAAAAAGUUAAUAUGAUUUAAAAAUUCAUGGAGAAGUUCAGAAAUUUCAUCCAAAAAGAAGAGCUCCGGUUAGCGCCCUCAUUCAAACCAUGCUUUUUUUUUUUAUGAUAUCCUGCCUUUUAAAAGAAUCGAAAUAAAGAAUCGAUAGGAAUCGAAUUCGAAAUGAGGAAUCGAAAUCGGAAUCGGAAUCGUUCAAAAUCAAACGAUACCCAACCCUAGUUAAUAGUUGUAUGGUCUGAACCUGCUUCUUGAAUUCCUCUAACAGUCGCAGAUCUAAACACUGGCCUCCUCUUCUUCUUCCUCCUCUCCUUCAUUAGCAUUUUGUGGAGAUCACAGACGAUCAGUUUGACUUCCACACGUACUGCAUGAGGAAAAUGACGCUGCGCUCCUAUGUGGACCUGCUGAAGCUGGAGGACGUUCUACGGCAGCAUCCCUUCUACUUCAAAGCUGCUCGAACAGCCAUCCAGAUCUACUUGACGCUGCACGACAAACCUCUGACAGACGAUAGCAAGGAGAGCCAAGCAGACACUGGUCAGUGUGUGUGUGUAUUAGUUUGUCUGUUUGUCCAUGUGCAUGUGUGUGUGUGUGUUGGCCCUCUAAAAAGUUUGUUUUCAGGCUGUGAGUAAAGUGUGUGAACAUGCAACUGUAGAAGAACUGGGCCUGAAUAUUAAGACACGGAACAGACGAAAAGCAAAGUCAGAGACCAAAAGUUUCUGUUAAUUCUUUGCAAACACCAUAACCCUCAAAUUGUCAGAUAUUUGUGGUGCACAGGUGGAGGGACUGGCAGGAGUUUUAGACAGUCAGACUUUAUCAUUCUCUCAUGGACUUUUAGAGCCUGUUGAAUAAUUUAGUCUUCGAGACACGUUUCCUGUCAUCAGUCACUCUAAAUAAUGUGAAGAGGAAGAUGUAAAAACUAAUCAAAAAUGUAUUUAUGAGAGCGCCACAGAUGAAGCGGUCACUACUGAUUCUAACAACCAAAGCACUAAUCUUGAUGUCCACCAGAGGGCGCCCUGACCAGUUAAAAUCUUCAUCACAGCAGCACAGACAGACACUGGGCAACACUGGAGCUUAUUGAUAUGAGGUAGUGAGGGAUAAUCACCAAAUAAUAUUUCUCAUCUGUUUAACAUAAUUUACCGUACCGCUCUCUGUAGAGAACCUGACAGACAAAGAGCUGAAGAAACUGCGAAACAAACAGAGGCGAGCUCAGAAGAAGGCGCAGCUGGAGGAGGAGAAGAAGAACGCCGAGAAGGAGAAACAGCUGAAGAAUCAGAAGAAGAAGAAAGAGGAUGACGACGAGGAGAUCGGCGGGCCGAAGGAGGAGCUAAUACCUGACAAACUGGCCAAGGUGAGCUCAUUGAGUGUGUGUGAUCACAGGGCGUGAUCAGUUCUUGGCGAUCAUCUGAUUUCAGUGUUUACUUCCACUUCUGUAAUGUGUUAUUAGAAAAAAAAACAACCUUUACACGAUUCUGUCAUGAGUUCUUGAGUCAAUCUCACCAAAUGUAAACAUAUAACAGAUAAAAAUCAUGCUGUUAGAUAUCUGCUCAAGUCAUCAGGUAACUCCAAAAAUCAGACAAUGAUUGAUUUUGUAGUGUGCAUGUAAACACACUCAUUUGUACCUGUUGUUACAAGCUGCACAUAAUAACCUGCUUAGAGUCUGACUGCUAAAGAUAUCACGGAUUGCUCACUUCUUCUUCCAGCCGGAGAAUCCUCUGGAGGAGGCGGUGAAAUUCUUGAUCCCCUUGAAGAACCUUGUGAGGAACAAGAUUGAGACCCACCUCCUGGCCUUUGAGAUCUACUUCAGGAAAGGUCAGACUGCAACUGCCAAAGCGCAUGAAAAUACCUUUCACUCACACUUUGGGUGGUCUUGACUGUUUCCUUCAUUCCUCCAGAGAAGUACCUGCUGAUGCUGCAGUCCAUAAAGAGGGCCGUCCCCAUCGAGCCAUCCCACCCGUGGCUGCACCAGUGUCUUGUGCGCUUCUUCAAAGGAGGUGAGUGGAAAGUGCAGAUUUAAUUGAAUCAAAUCUCAUCAUUCGUUUGAGAGGAAAAUACCUGUUAUGAUCCAUGAAGAUGUCUGGGUAGUGGGAGAAACAGAUCAGCUGCCUACACGGUGCUGAGAUGUCAUGGUGGAUCAUGUUCUGCCUUCUCCAUACAGACUGUUUUUGCUGCAGACACCAUGACUUCACCAUGAUGAUACCUGAUUGAUCAAUACUGCACAGACUACAAACGUACCACAGACAAACAUUAGUGCAACAAAAGACAAAUAGGAAACUGAAUGAAAGAGUGAGUCAAGGUCGAGCCUUUGGUCAAGUUUACAGAUAUUAGCAGAUUGAAUAGUCUGAUCUCCUCCAUAUGUCGAACAGCUGAUGAAGGAACACCCCUACUCCAGCCCCCUUUUGUUAUGAUCUAAUCGAGCAGAUUUGUGAUAAGUGUUGUUGCCCUGAUGAUGGAUAUUACAAAGAUUUAAAAAUGUAAACUAGGACAUUAAAAGUCAUGCAUGUGAUAAAAAAGGUGCAGUAUUGUGAAAUACUGACAGGUUUGCGAAAGCUGCAGAUUCUUCCAGAGACGUAACUCUGAUGUAUAUGCCUCAUUUUAAACGUAGACUUUUGUGUGUCUGUGUGUGUGUGCGUGUGCAGUGGAUGAGAGCGCCGACUUGGCAGAGGCAGUAAGGACCGUUUUGAAGCAGGAGAUCUCCAGACUGUUUGGAGAAAGCAACCCUGAGAGCUUCAACAAGAACUACCUGAGCCAACACUCCAACUCUAUCCCACACCGACUGGCUGGUACUACACACACACUCUUACACGUACACACUCAACACACAGAGACAGACAGACAAGAAAGGACGCAUCAGUAUUGUCAGUAACCAGUGGAAUCAAAUGUGUUUUUAUAUGAUAUAGAUUUUACACCUGAGGUGAGGAUCAAAUGCUCAAAUGCUGUUUAUCUAGUUUUAUGCCCCGUUCUCCAGCAAAUAGACAGUCACAAUAAGAGUGACAGGUCAAGUUUAUAAUAGAAUAACUGAAGUUGAUUAUAACUGUAGCUGGAAAACAAACAAAAACAAAAGACAAUGAAAUAUGCUCUAGUUCCAGAAAGUGGAGUUUUCAGCUGAUGUACAAGCUGCAUGUCUGAAGGAGCUUUAUUUUGAAACAGCUUGUGAUCAGUGUGAGUCUCUGUCCUGUACCCACAGCUGCUAAGAUGAUGGUCUACCUGCAGCCGUCCUCUGAUAAGAUGGCCUGUGAGAUCGCUACAGCCCUGGACGAGUCUCUGUCCGGUAGAAGCAUCCAGGUGAGUGAUAAGUUACAAAAACCUUUACUUCCAAACAUGUACUCUGGUGUGUGUUCAUAUGUGUGUGUUCAUGUGUGUGUGUGUUUCCUGCAGAUCUGUACUGAGGUGCUUGAGGCGCUGCGUGAAGGGCAGCUGGGCGAGGACCAGCAGAAGGCAGCUGAGGCCUACCGGGCUGCCUGCCAUAAGAUCUUCCCCUACAGCCUGGCGUUCAUGCCCCCCGGUUACCAUGACAACAGCACCUCAAUCAGUGCCAAUGGCGACUUGUCAGCAGGAGAGCAUGAUGACAUGGCAAACGAAAUUUGAGCUCUGACAAUAGGAGGGAGAGAAGGAAGUGGAGGUGAAGGAGGAUGUGGGAAAACGCCAGACACUGUAGUCCGCCAACACACCCAGCCCCCCGCCUUCCUCCUCCUCCUCUUCCUCCCUUCUCCCCCUGCUAUGGCUGCUGUGAGUCGCCCCCCCCUCCCCACAUUGCACUGAUCUGGAUGGACUGAGCGCCUGAGGAGGUACAAGGAAAGGAGCUGGCACAUGCAGGAAGACAAACUUUUUUAAGUGAUAAAAAAGGCCCCUUCCACAGAUGAUCUGCCACUGUAAACAAAAACAGAUAAAUACAGGACGAGGAGGCAAAGGGGAUUCUGGGAAAAAGUGGACAUUGGAUGGCUUCAGUAAACACAGUCCAGGUUUUCUACGACUCCUGUGUUCUCACGCCAUGUUCUUCUUGAAGGUGCAUCUGCCUCUCACGUUUUUAAAAGUAAUUUAUAUAUUACAAACUGAGAAAUGGAUUAAUAAAAACAAUGUUUGCUAAACCAAAGAG